CCUCCAGCCGGGUUUUAAGGCCAGGAGCUGUUCAGAGAGAGCAGAGACGGAGAAAGCACAAAGCCAGGCUGGUGAGGAAAAGAAAUCAGCAGCAGAAAACAGACGAGAAAAAGCAAAAAGAUUUGGAGGUGAUGUGGAAAACACUCAGAAUGGCAGGCAGACUCCCAUGUCUCCUCUUGCUGGUGGUAGCAAUCACAACUGUUCAAUGCCAGGGCUUACGCACGCGUUUCAAACGGGGAGCCAGGUCUAGAGCCAUUUGCGCAGACAAUUCAUCUGGAGAAAUUUACCAGCACAGGGAUACCUGGCUGAGGCUCUCAGGGAGCAGAAUAGAAUACUGUAGGUGCGACAGUGGUCGGAAUCGCUGCCACACUGUGCCUAUCAGAGCCUGCACUAGAAAUAAAUGCUACAAUGGGGGCCAGUGUUCACAGGCAUAUUACUCCCCACAGCUCUUCAUCUGCCAGUGCCACCAAGGUUUCUCUGGGAAGCAGUGUGAAAUAGAUACUGAAGUUAAGUGCUACAAAGAUGCUGGAGUAUCAUACAGGGGUACAUGGAGCAUGACAGAGAGUGGAACUGAAUGUUUAAAUUGGAAUAGCAACGGCUUGAUGGACCGGAUGUACAGUGGCCAAAGAGAGGAUGCUACUGAGCUGGGACUGGGCAAUCACAACUAUUGCAGAAACCCAGAUGAGGAUUCCAGACCUUGGUGCUAUAUCUAUAAAGGGGGAAAGUACAUCUGGGAACACUGCAGUGUGCCCUCCUGUUCAAAAGUUGGGAACAUCAACUGCAAAACUGGAAGAGGCACAGACUACCGAGGCAGCCACAGCGUUACCAGUUCUGGAGCUGCCUGUUUGAGGUGGAAUUCUCGAAUCCUUAUCAACAACUUAUAUACUGCUUGGAGAAGAGAUGCUUACCAGCUGGGCCUUGGAAGUCACAAUUUCUGCCGGAAUCCUGACAAUGACAGUAAGCCCUGGUGCCAUGUAUUGAAAGGAAAUCGGCUCACGUGGGAGUACUGCAAUGUGCCUACUUGCUCCACCUGUGGGCUGCGGCAGCGCAGAGCGCAGCAGUACAGGAUCAGAGGCGGCUCCUACGCAGACAUCACGGCUCACCCAUGGCAGGCUGCCAUCUUUGUUAAGUAUCGCCGAGCUCCGGGAGAGCACUUCCUCUGCGGAGGAGUUCUCAUCAGCUCCUGCUGGGUUCUGUCAGCUGCUCACUGUUUUGAGGAAGGCUUUAGUACAAAUCAGCUGAAGAUUGUGCUGGGUAGGACUUCCAGAGCAACUCCUGAGGAAAAUGAACAAAGCUUUCAAGUGAAGAGCUACAUUGUACACGAGAGAUUUGACUCAGAAAACUUCAACAAUGACAUUGCUCUGUUGCAGUUGAGCUCAGAUGCAGAAGACUGUGCUGUUGAGACAGACGCUGUCCGCACUGCCUGUCUCCCCACACCAGGACUGCAGCUGCCUGACUGGACUGAGUGCGAGGUCUCUGGUUAUGGCAGAAAUGAAGAAUUUUCUCCAUUCUACUCAGAGCACCUGAAGGAAGGCCAUGUCAGACUGUUCCCAGCCAGCAGGUGCACAACACAACAUCUGGACAACCGGACAGUUACUGACAACAUGUUGUGUGCAGGAGACACAAGGCACCUUGAUGAUGCCUGCAAGGGUGACUCUGGAGGGCCCCUGGUCUGUAUGAAGGAUGAUCGGAUGUAUCUAAUUGGAAUCAUCAGCUGGGGAAUAGGCUGUGGCCGCAAAGACUUACCCGGCGUUUAUACCAAUGUGAAUCGUUAUCUUGACUGGAUUCAGGACAACAUGAAACCUUAAGAAAGAAAAAUGAACUAUCCACAGUCUUGUGGCCAUGGCAUUGCAGCUUCCUUCUGGCUGUUUCCAGGAUGCUGACAGGGCUUCCUGUCUCUCCAGAUGUUUAUGACUUUCAGUACUAAAGGAAGACAGACUGCAAUGUGUAGGAAGGGCACCUUCUCAACUGAACUCUCCUUUCCUUAUUACAGGUUAUCAGAAGCUAACGCUCCUUUCCCCCCACAUCCCCAAGCUCUCUCCUUGCAUUAGAUCACAAGUACAAUUAAAAAUAAUUUUUGGCCCGAGAGAAUAAACUGGGCAUGGGAUGCUCAUGCAUUCCUAGACCAGCAAUGUUAUUUUGGGAAUGGGUGUAAACUAAAGUCAAAGGGGACAGUUUUCAUUUCCUGAAAAGCUCAUCUCCCUCCUUAUUUGGCUGUAAACUUGGAAAACAUUCCAGUCAGGCUUAAAUAACCAAAGUAACAUGGUAUAAGGACAGAGCUUAAGCUGGUUUCACCUUGACUCCAACAGAAAGAGCACAGCUGUAGGCAUGGGCUACGUGCCUUAUUUCCAUAUCAAUAUACUACUUAAUGAAUCAGUUCCAAACUGAAAAAGUAACAGGAUGGCAAGCUUAUUAGAACAUCCUCUUUUUCCACCUGCUUUUCCUCUGGGUAGGAACUAAAUAUUUAAAUAUAGAAUAGGUUAAAAUCUUAACACCAGCCUUGUCUGCCACAGAAUCAACACAUUACUUUUUGACUAUUAGAUUUCUAUGCAUUAUCAGUUGGUAUGAAAGCAAAACCUCCCUCUUUAGCGCAGCAGCAGGGUGGAACAAAGGACAAGUGUAACGGUGGCAGUUUUAGGUGCCUGCUACGUUUACAUCCACCUGUAAAAAUCAAGUCAAAGGUCACAAAGCUGCAUUUGUCCUUUAACAGAAGACACAACAGGUAUAACCAAGUCACUGUGAACUAGAAUCUAAGUAAUCGAGCAUUAUUUACUUGCAUUGUAGUUGCCAUGUAAUGCCAAGUGGUAUCUAUGCAUGUUCUAAGAGUUAAGCCUCUUUGAGAAAUUCUCUCUUGUGCAAUCGGUUUAUAAAUUAAGAGAAAGCAUGUGUGAUUACUGUUUCACAAAAGGAAAACAAUUAUAUUGAGGCUACAAAAGCAGUUUAGCUUUAGUAUCAACCAGGCAUUGUAGCUAGAGAAGUAGCCUGUUGUAUUUGGGAAAUUUAAAACAGUAUAACUCCAAAUGUUUACUCAGUUUUAAGGAGCUCUCUGAUGAUCUACUAGCAUAGCCUCUAGUCAAAUUAGAGAAGCUUAUUAAUCAAUACAUACAGAAGAGAGAUUUGGUAAGGAUGCCCAUUACUUCCUCAAAUGGGUUUUGUAAAUGGCAACUUUACAGACGGUCCAUGCCUUUCUAGCUACCAGCUUAGAAACUGAUCUCAAAGAGAUCUUCGUGUCCUCAGAGAAACAGUGGUGUAAAUCCAGUCAUCUUCAGCAAGAAGUCCCAUAUUCCAGCCAGGGGAAUGGGGAAAAACCCCAAGAUGUUUAAUAAACAAAAGUCACAGUUCA